AACCAUAACUUGCGCAGUAAGUACUUCUUCCAGAAGAUACGUAGACGUCAAUAGACAGAGCGGAACCGAAUUAGGAGCGCCUGUUGUGGUUGGGUGAGGAAGGGAAGAGAAAAAAGAAAGAAGAGAGAAGACACCGUGAGAUUGGAGUUGGAUGUAUGGUUGGUGAGGUUAAGUAAUCCAACAAAAAAAUCCCUUCCUGCACACUAUCUGCCCAUCCAUUCCCCCUCAAUUUAUUCCGCUUCCAUCAUCUUUGGCUUCAACUUCACCCUCUCUCUCUCUCUCUCUCUGUCUAGAUUUUCAAAGCCAGGCCAACAAAAAUUUAAGGAAAAUUCCUCAGGUAGUUGGGGAUUGUUAAACUGCCGUUUGUUUCCUUCCCUGCCCAGAGAUUCAAGUCAAGAAAUGCAUGCAAAUACUCAUGUCCCCACAUCCUCCUUAUAACUCCUCCCACUGGCUCCUCACCGUACUGAAUCAGAUCUCCUACAUCCUACACCCUCUCUCUUCCUGAUCUUCCAUUGACACAUAUAAGGUAAGGUCGAUUCGCAUCUCUCUCCCUCUCUCUGUUGUGAGCGGAGGAGGAAGAGGCGGAAUUAAGCCAUGGUGUCUCGAUUCUCGCUGGAGGAUGCAGCGCAGGAGUCGGUGGUGUCGGAGCUGGAGGGAACGCUGCUCAAGGACGCGGACACCUUCUCCUACUUCAUGCUCGUCGCCUUCGAGGCGUCGGGCCUUGUCCGCUUCACCGUCCUUCUGCUAUGUUGGCCGUUCUUCCGCGCCCUCCACUCGCUCGGCUACCACGACGCCGCACUCCGGCUGGCCAUCUUCGUAGCGGUGGCGGGACUGCCGGAGAUGGAGAUCGAGAUGGUGUCGCGGGCGGUCCUGCCCAAGUUCUUCAUGGACGACCUCGACGUGGAGGCGUGGCGGGUGUUCAGCCGGUUCGGCCGCAAGGUGGUGGUGAGCAGCUGCCCGAGGAUCAUGGUGGAGUGGUUCGGCACCAAGCACCUGGGCGCCGAUGACGUCGUCGGUCCCGACCUCGCCUUCAACCGGUUCGGUCGGGCCACCGGUUUUGUCGUCCGAGCUGGGCAAGGCUCGGUAGCCGACCGGGUCAAGAGCGCGCUCAAAUCGGACCGGCCGGACGUCGGCCUCGGCCGCGGGCCCUCCAUCUCUUCCCUCCUGUCUUCAUGCAAGGAGCAGCACCACACGCCAUUCACUGCCGACGGCGAGACCCACUCGGACCAGCUCUUCCGGCCACCACCUGUCAUUUUCCACGACGGCAGACUGGUCCGCCGGCCGACGCCAGCGACCGCUCUCUUGACCCUCAUCUGGAUUCCUCUAGGCUCGGUUCUGGCCUUCGUCCGCCUCCUGGCCGGGGUCUUGCAGCCCGUAUGGCUCAUCCCCUACUCCAUCCCCAUCUUCGGCGGCGAGCUCACCGUCCGGGGGAGCCCUCCGCCGCCGGCGAGCAGCGAGGCAGGCGAGGGCGUGCUGUUCGUGUGCACCCACCGCACCCUGAUGGACCCGGUCGCCCUGUCAGUAGCCCUGCAACGCAGGCUCACGGCGGUCACCUACUCGAUCUCGCGCCUCUCCGAGAUCCUAUCUCCGAUACCGACGGUCCGACUGACUCGGAACCGGCAGGUCGACGCGGAAAGGAUCAGGUUGGAGUUGGGGAAGGGGGACCUGGUCGUGUGCCCGGAAGGGACGACGUGCCGGGAACCGUUUCUGUUGAGGUUCAGUGCGCUCUUCGCGGAGCUGACGGACCGUAUCGUACCGGUGGGCAUCAACUACCGGGUCAGCUUCUUUCACGCGACGACGGCUCGGGGGUACAAGGCAAUGGAUCCGAUAUUUUUCAUGAUGAACCCGAGACCGGCGUACGAGGUGACGCUGCUGAACCAGCUGCCGGUGGAGCUCACUUGCUCGGGAGGGAAGAGCGCGCAGGAGGUGGCGAACUACGUGCAGCGCAUACUGGGGUCGGCGAUGGGGUACGAGUGCACCAGGCUGACCCGGCGGGACAAGUACCAGGUGCUGGCCGGCAACGACGGCACCGUGUCCCAUGCCUCCAACUGGGACGGCUUCGUUAAGAAGCUGGAGGGCCUUCUUCACCGGCACCUCCUCAAAUCUUUCCACUGAUUUUUCUCUUUCCCUGCGUGUAAGAUAUUUAUAAUUUUUUUUUUUCCCCGUAUAUAGAUAGGUGGAUUUUUUCAAACUUACAAACGGUUGUCUUUCGGCCCCGUUUAUUGUUGGAGUUUCCAGGUGUUUGUUGUAUUACUUUGCAUGAAAAAGAAUAAAUGAAGUGAAAUAUAUUUGCA